UCUUAAGGCGGAGAGACCCAGGAAGCGCUCGGGAAGGGCGACCUGGCCAAAGCCUCGCUCGCCUUGCAAGGCAUCACCGGGCCAGACCUUCCUGGCUGCAAAGAAAAGGCCGCCAAAAGAACUAACUACCGGAGAUCCAGUUUGCAAAGCAGGCAAGGAAGGCGGUUUAGGCUCUUGCAAACAGCGGCUUGGUUGGGGGAUGAGUUUAAGGCGCUUUCCCUCUUUGCCUCCUGUUUUCCAUAGAAGCCGAUGUGCUCCCCCUUAAAAGGCAGCGACGGCCACUUCUUGAGCUGCAAUUUGACAGCGCAUCCCUUGCCUUGUUGUUUGUGUUUUCUUUCCUUGGAUGCAAAGGGGCUGGGGUCAAUCUUUGGCUUGGAAACUCAAAAAGAGGGGAGGAUUGCAACGAGCUAAUUCAACCAAUAGAGUUUAUUGAAUUUGUCAGAUAGGAAAAGGAGUGGGAAGGAGAAAGAGAGAUCUUUCAAUUGACAUCAGUGAGACUCUGGCUGGUUUUGGUCCAUUGAAAAGGAAGAAACUCCAAGAUCUUUCAUGGACUGCGAUGAAAUUGGUGUUGUUUUGGGUCAGAUAAGGAAGAAACUCCAUCCCUAGUAAGCAGCAAACAAGAUCUUUCAUGGACUGAGAUGAAAUUGGUGUUGUUUUGGGUCAGAUAAGGAAGAAACUCCAUCCCUGGUAAGCAGCAAACAAGAUCUUUCAUGGACUGCGAUGAAAUUGGUGUUGCUUUGGGUCAGAUAAGGAAGAAACUCCAUCCCUGGUAAGCAAACAAGAUCUUUCAUGGACUGCGAUGAAAUUGGUGUUGUUUUGGAUCAGAUAAGGAAGAAACUCCAUCCCAAGUAAGCAGCAAACAAGAUCUUUCAUGGACUGCAAUGAAAUUGGUGUUGUUUUGGGUCAGAUAAGGAAGAAACUCCAUCCCUGUUAAGCAGCAAACAAGAUCUUUCAUGGACUGUGAUGAAAUCGGUGUUGUUUUGGGUGAGAUAAGGAAGAAACUCCAUCCCUGGUAAGCAGCAAACAAGAUCUUUCAUGGACUGCAAUGAAAUUGGUGUCGUUUUGGGUGAGAUAAGGAAGAAACUCUAUCCCUGGUAAGCAGCAAACAAGAUCUUUCAUGGACUGCAAUGAAAUUGGUGUUGUUUUGGGUCAGAUAAGGAAGAAACUCCAUCCCUGUUAAGCAGCAAACAAGAUCUUUCAUGGACUGUGAUGAAAUCGGUGUUGUUUUGGGUCAGAUAAGGAAGAAACUCCAUCCCUGGUAAGCAGUGUGCAAGAUCUUUCAUCCACAACAAUGAAUCCAAUGUUGGUUUUGGUCAAUUAAGAAGGACAAAAGGAGGACAAGAUGCUACAGAUGCAAGAGCCAGGCGGUAGUCCAAGCGGUGGUUUGGGUGACAUGAUGGGGAACCGGAAACUGAUCGCCCUGGGGGCCAUCCUGGGUUGGCUUCUGGUGGUCCACUUGCUGGUCAACGUCUGGUUGCUCUGUGUCCUCUCCGGGUUGCUGGCUUUGUUGGGUGGCUGGCUGGGCUCCCAAGUGGUGGUCAGCACCAGCCACACGAUCCACCUGGAGAGGUUUUUGCUCCUCGAAAGGUACCCCCCAAGCCCUGAGGCUGAGAAACAGCUGGAUGAGGAGAUCAAGAACAUGAUCCGGAAGAUUGUUAGGGAUUUUGUGUCCUCCUGGUAUCGGGCCGUGAGCAUUGAGCGGGGCUUUGAGGAUGAGGUUGAGAGAGCCAUGCUGGGCCUGGCCAUGGAGCUCAAAAGGCGGAUGGCCCUCAUGGACAAGCAGGCCGUGACCCAGAAAGUCCUCCUCCUCGGUGGGUGCCACCUCCAGACCUAUAAAACAGCUCGGGAAAAGGUGGCGGAAAGGAGAAUCUCCCGAGACUCAGCUGACUGGGCUGACCAUAUCUGGCAAACCUAUUGCGAAUUGUCGGAGCCUCAUGUGGCGGUCCGGAGCCCCAUUAGUGAGGUGGACUAUGCCCGGCGUAUUGUGGACCUUCUGCUGCGUGAUCUGGUGCCCAAACCCCACCUGGAAACCAGAACCGGCCGUUUUGUAGUGGUGGAGCUGGUGACCUGCAACGUGCUGUUGCCCAUGAUCAACAGAAUGGUGGAUCCUGACUGGCUCAACCUGCUCUUGAUUGCCAUUUUUUCCAAGAUUGGAGGGAAAGGAGCUGGAGGGAAAGAGAAGGUGGAGACAGUGCCAGCGGUUCCAGCUCUUUCGCCAAGCCAGCUUGUGGUGCCCGACUCAUUGUCCUUGCCAUCUCAGUGGGAAGCGGCCCCUGAGUCCCGGGUGGUAUCUCCGAGGGGUUCUGAGGCAUUUCUUGGUGAUGUGAUGGAAAGUUUGGAAAGUCAUGUACCUGAAGGAAGAGAAUCCAUCAGCCGAGAGCUGAGUGCUGAGAUAGACAGGAGAAGAACUAGUAGCUUAUGUGUGCCUUGCCUCCAGGUUGAUACUCUGGGGUCUUUCUUUCCCUGUGAAGAAUUGGAAAUUGAGUCUCCCUUGUCUGAUCAAGUGAAAGACUCAGGCCCUGUAGGCUUCAUGACAGCUGAGGAGUUCCUUGCAAAUCCUUCCCUGGAGGCAUCUGACAGCCUGGAUCAAGAAGACAGCUUGGGUGUUAAAACCAAGUGUGUGGAGGACCCUGCUAGCUCUGGUUCGGAAACUGGCCUCCGAGCCACCUCCCUGAGCCCAUGUCCAGAUAUCCAGAUUGAGCUGGCAGUGGAGAAGGAGGCACGCUUAGCUUCCUUGUCAGCGCUUCUAGAGGACUCACAGAAGAGCUUCGUGAGGCGUCCCUCCUUCCUGGAGAAAGAGCCUGUGUCUUCUGAAUGCUCAACCCACAACCCCCAGGAUCUGGCUCAGUUGCCGGGACUGCUCUCCUCCUCCCCCACUGCCCCCAUGGGAACCUUCAGCUUUGAGCCACUCAGCAGCCCAGAUGGCCCGGUCAUCAUCCAGAACCUACGGAUAACUGGCACCAUCACAGCCCGAGAGCACAGUGGAACGGGCUUCCAUCCCUACACCUUGUAUACUGUGAAGUAUGAGACAACUUUGGACAGUGACAAUACCAGCACCCUCCAGCAAGUUGCUUAUCAUACUGUGAACCGACGCUAUCGGGAAUUCUUGAACUUGCAAACCAGACUGGAGGAGAAGCCAGAUCUGCGGAAGUUCAUUAAAAAUAUCAAAGGGCCAAAGAAGUUAUUUCCUGAUCUGCCUUUUGGUAACAUGGAUGUGGAGAAAGUAGAAGCCAGGAAAAGCCUAUUGGAGUCAUUUUUGAAGCAAUUGUGUGCAAUUUCUGAGAUUGCCAACAGUGAGGAGAUGCAGGAAUUCCUUGCCCUGAACACUGACGCCAGGAUCGCCUUCGUCAAAAAGCCCUUUGUGGUCUCCAGGAUUGACAAGAUUGUCAUGAAUGCCAUUGUGGACACAUUAAAAACAGCUUUCCCCCGGUCUGAGCCUCAGAGCCCUACGGAGGAUCUCAGCGAAGCCGAGGUGGAAGGGAAGACACAGACGGAUGGGAAGAAGGCAACUAAGCCAAGACUGAGAUUUGCAUCCAGUAAAAUUGCUCCAGUUCUAAAUGUGGGAGGGACACAGGCGAAAGUUGCGUAUUCUUUCAGAGAAGGCACUACGGUGUCCGAGUUGUUAUCCUUGGCCAGAAUAGAGUCUUUCAUUCAGAAGCAGGAAAAGCUGCUGGAAUCAGGGGUUACUGAGCGGGAAGAAAACGAGGGAGACGAAGAUGCCAAGGCCCUUGAGCAAGCAUUGGAUUUGGACACGAAAUUGAUGGAAGUACCACACGUGCCAGUAGAAGGCAGCAAUGAGCUUGAAUCUGAGACGCUGUUGGCAGACGUUGCUUUGGAUCUUCUCCAUCUGGUCAUGGUUGACCAUUGGAGCUGGCUGUGCACCGAGAACAUGCAGAGGCUUCUGCACCUGCUCUUUGGGACACUUAUCCAAAGGUGGUUAGAGGUCCAGGUGGACAAUCUCACCUGCACUCAGCGCUGGGUGCAAUACCUCAGGUUGCUCCAAGAGUCGAUAUGGCCUGGCGGCAUCUUGCCGUUGGUUCCCAAGCCGCUCAGGACAGAAGAACAGAAGGCAGCAGCUGAAAGACAGGCCUUGCAGAUCCUCAUGGGAAUCCUGCCUGAAUUAAUUCUAGAAGUUCUUGGGACCAGUAAAUGUCGACAAAGUUGGAGCCUAGUCCUGGAGUCCAUGCAGCAUCCCAUCAUAAACAGGCACAUGGUUUACUGCCUUGCAGACAUUCUUCUGGAGUUUUUGAUCACCGACUCCCAAACAAAUGAACCCAGAACAACACCUGGAGCUCCUUCUGCCAGUGGAGUGUCCGAGAGAGUUGGCCUUUCAUCACAUUAGCUUGAACUGCUGUAGCUAGUCAUCGAGACAAAAGGUGUCCGUGUGCCUAGAGUGCAACCUAUAGGCAUCAACCAUUUCACAAUAGAGCUAAAGUCUACUGAAGGAAGACAGAAAUCUCUGAAAAAUUGCUCAGUCUAAGAUGGAUGAUCUCAUAAUAUUCAUUUCAUAACUGGAGACAACUGCACCAAUUCCUUGUUAAAAAAUAUCCUCAGUGAAGAAGAUAUUGCUUGAUAUCCCUGGAUAGAUGUGCUUUUACUCAUUGUAUGUCUUUUUAACUUAGAUAAGCUGGUAGGGUUGGACACUCCAAGGCUACCUGUGUAUGGGCAUUCCAUCUCGUGAUCUCUACCUGUUCUUUCUUCCUUGCAAGACAGUUAAAGAAUAAAAGAUGAAAUAUUUAUGAAUAAAUAAAGUGUUGUGACACUA